GUCUGCAGCAGAUGAGGAAGAAGAAACGUCGGAUGGUGGCGCCUCAUGCUUUCAAAGUUUCAUAUCCACGGAACAGAGUCGAAAGGUCUAGACUUCAAAGACGCUGCUUCAGGUCAAGCAUCGCCACUUCCAGGACAAAGCAAUCCGCUGGAGAACAGGGACAUCGUCGAGACAGGUCACGAUUGUUAGCCUCAUUGUUUCGGCAACUUGUCAGGCCCACGCCAAUUGAUUUUCAGAGCAAGCCAACCUGCCCUUGUCUGAGGAAAGACUUGAAAGGACCUCUGGAUAGGCCACAGUGGUGCGGCACUAAUAACCACCUACUUUGCUUACUGUAGAGAAUACCAGCAUUUUGAGUCCCCUAGACAGCUUCCUUCAAACGUUCAGUUCAAUGAUUACAUACAGUCAGAACUACAAUUAGUAAAAGCCUAGUAAAAGCCUGGGAUGAUUCUCCCCGUAGCUAAGCUUGGGACUCUGCUCCUGCGGCAGCUCACAAAGCCGCUGGCAGCUCAGGUGAAGCGGGUGGCGGUACGGAACGAGGUGUUUCGGGAAUGGGUUACGGGAGUAGCACAGAAGUACCAUCGGUACAAUGUCAACAUGCAACGGCGAUUGUAUGCGCAAGACACGGACGUGGAGAUCCGGCCGCUGAAUGCUGAGAGGGCUUUGCAGACUGCGGCAGACCUGGUUGGAGAAGUCACCAUCUUUUCGGUCGCAGCCGGAAUUCUGGUGUGGGAGUACCAACGGAACGCCCAGUCGGACUACCGGAAGACAGAAGCAGCGCGAGAGGCUCAGGAGAAAAGUGUACAGCGGUCGGAAGAGAUGGACGCAAAACUUCGGGAAGCUUUGGAGAUGAACAAAGCGACUCAGGAAGAGUUGCGGCAACUAAAAGAGCGCCUAGGCUUGCUAGAAGCUUCAAAAAGCGGUCAGAGUGCUGGCCAUCAGGUUAUUAGCUUGUUGCCGCCUUCCUUACCGUUGAGUCUACCACCGUCGGAGAACGUUGAGUCGCAAGUGUCGUCGAAACAGAUGGAAGCGCAGUCGACGAGCACGCAACAAGAAGCACAAGAGUUGCCGAAGAAACGAACAGGAUGGUUGCCCUUUUCAUAAUCACUUUGUACAUAUCGCUAUUUGUUGCUACCGUCCGACGGCCUGAGUUGUGCGGACUAGCGAACUUUCGAAAGCUCCAGGGGGACUUCAAUUUGACUGCAAUGUCCGACUAUUAGUGUCGUUGCUUUCUAACCAGUAUGUUACUUGCUCAAAAGCUAGAUAAAUCAGGUCGUAUCAUUAUUUUGACUUGGUCGGUAUGUUUCAUUGCUAACCGGCGGCUGGGGCUUUUUGUUUAAGGUCGGGAAUCCGAUGUGCAGGCGGCAAUUAUAGGUGAGGCCGGGCGGCCCCGGCCAGAUGCCCAAGUUAAUUAAAGCUGAAGAGCUUUUGCGGACCCCAACGUGCAAUUCAUUUGUUGAAUUAACCUAUAACUCUGCGCA